AAGAUGAUGUAGAGAUGGAAGACAAGAAAAAGGAAGAAGAAAAGAUGGAGGAAGACAAAGAAGAGGAGAAAGAAAAGGAAGAUUCCGAAGAGAAAAAGGAAGAAAAGGAGGUAACAAAUGAUGAAGAAACUAAGGAUAAAGAAGAGGUUAAAGAAAAUGGCGAAGAAACCGAAAGUAAAGCCUUAACAAAUGACGCAGAAGAAAAACCUGAAAAACUAGAAGGUGAAGAAAAAUCUGAAGAUAAAAGUGCAGAUACUUCUUUAGAAGAAGACAAAGAGGAAAAGAAAGAGGAAGCAGAAAAAGAAGAGGCUAAAUUGGAAGAAGAAGAAAAAGCCAAGGAUGAAGAACAACCUGAAACUAUAGAUUUGGACAAGGUUAAGGAUGGACCACAACCAAGAGCAUUACAUCGCACCUCUUCCAUAUUCUUGCGUAAUUUGGCACCCUCCAUAACCAAGGCAGAAAUCGAGGCGGUGUGUCAAAAAUUCGAUGGUUAUUUACGUGUAGCUAUAGCCGAUCCUUUGGUAGAAAGACGCUGGUAUCGCCGAGGCUGGGUGACCUUCAAACGUGAUGUUAACAUCAAAGAAAUCUGUUGGAAUUUAAAUAAUACACGUCUGCGUGAUUGUGAAAUGGGAGCCAUCGUCAAUCGUGAUCUAAGUCGUAGAGUAAGACCUGUAAAUGGCAUGACCGCACACAAGACCAUAGUACGAGCAGACAUUAAGUUGUGUGCUAAAAUCGCAAUGAAUUUGGAUGAGAAAUUUAAGUUAUGGCAAGCUGAAAAGGAAGAAAAUAAAGAAGAAAAUGCCUCUAGCGCCACCGAAGCCAAUGCCUCAACAGCCCCAGAUGCCAAUAACGAGCUUAACAAUUCUUCCUCUUCGUAUGGUUUCAAAACUAAUAAUCCUGUUUUGCAAAACAUUACCGAUUUCCUAAUCGAAGAAGCCUCCGCCGAAGAGGAAGAACUUUUGGGAAUCUCGGGUGACAACAAGGACUCGGAAGGAGAAGCCAUCGAAAGAGAUCCUCAGCUGCUAACAGUACUCGACAAUCUUAUCUUAUAUUUGCGUAUUGUACACUCAGUAGACUUUUACAAUCACUGUGAGUAUCCCUAUGAAGAUGAAAUGCCCAAUCGUUGUGGCAUUAUACACGCUCGCGGUCCACCACCAGCUAAAGUUUCUCAGAACGAUAUGCAAGAUUAUAUUAAAAAUUUCGAAAGUAAAAUGCAAACUUUCCUUGCCAAGAGCACACCCAUCGAAGAGGAAGAAUUGAAAAAUCUUGGCAGCAAAGAUACCGAAGCCGAAGUAGAGAAAUUCAUUCAAGCCAAUACCCAAGAAUUGGCUAAAGACAAAUGGUUGUGUCCCCUGUCCGGCAAGAAAUUCAAAGGUCCCGAAUUUAUACGCAAACAUAUAUUCAAUAAACAUGCCGAAAAGGUUGAAGAGGUGCGCAAAGAAGUUGAAUUCUUUAAUAAUUAUCUUAAGGAUCCCAAGAGGCCACAAUUACCAGAACAUCCUGGUAAUAAUAAACGUACAACGUCGGAAUCCAGUGGAGGUUACAGAGCACCUGUAUAUCCACCCGCUUACGCACCACCCUAUGCAGCUUAUGCACCACCUCUUAUGAUACCAGGACGUGGUGCUCGGGGUUUUGGUGGUCCAGGACGCAGAGAAUUGCCCAUAGAACAUCAACGUCGUAUAAUCGGUUAUCAUGAUUUGGAUGCUCCAGCCAAUUUUGAUAUUUUCGACUAAAUUGAAAAGAAAAUGUUUAAUAGAAGUUGGUUGUUAAUGAUGGUGUUUUUGUGUCUGUGUGUGGCUCCUACUACUAUCUAUCUAUAAAAUUUAAAGUAGAAAAUGUUUUCCAAACUAUAAAUCGGCACUUUUUUUUAAACAAUUUGACCAACCGGCCGUGUUUGUGUUCUAUUUAACUUUUAGAUUUUCUGUAAAUUUGUUUAAACUUUAUUAAUUUUCUUCUUUUUUUUUCUCUUGUAAUGUGUGGUACCAUUUAACUGUUUUAUCUUUAAUUUAAUUAGAGAAAAUUUAUUUUUUAAAAAACAAAUUUCAUUUCCAAACAAUUAUUUUUUUAAAUAUUUAAUAGUAAUGGUAAUAUUUUAAUAUUAAUAACAAUAGUGUAGUGUUAUGAAGCAAAAUAAACUAACUUUAAUAAUAAUAUUUCAUUAAAAUAAUAAAUAAAACCAAAAAAACCUAAACUACAUGGAAAUGUAGU